GCAGAUCCUUGCUUUUCGAUCAUCUCCUUCCGCCAAAACUAUACAUUGUCAAUCGUCCCUGCUUUUCUCUUCUGCUUCUUUCCUCUUCGCCGCCGAAAGGCUCUGGUACUCGACUAUCUAAUUACACAUAACUACAAGGAUGAAGUUGCCGCCGACCGAUAUACUGGUCAAUUGGCCAAUACCGAAUUAUGAGGAUCCCGAGACUCAAGGACUACCACUUAUAGUCGUCGAUGUGAUCUUCAUGGCUCUCAUAAGCUUGGCCGUUCCCCUUCGUCUCUAUGGUCGAUACACAAAUAAAGGACGCUUAGGCUGGGACGACUUCAAUAUGGCCAUUGCAUAUCUUCUAGCUCUCGCGCUUGGCAUUGUCGUCAUCCUCGCCAAUGUGAGAUACCAAUGGGAUCGCCAUCUAUGGGACGUCGAGUUUACAAUGUUCCAAGACGCAUCCAUCGUCGCUCUACUGACGAAAGUGUUUUUCACGCUUGCUGGCUCGUUUGCACGCGCGUCUCUCAUUUGUUUCUACUUCCGCCUCAUCAAAGACACUGGAUACAGCUUGUUCAAAUACAUUCUCUGGGCAGCAUUUGUGUACAAUCUUGCCAUUGGCAUUGCGUUCCUCAUUCUUGCAAUCUUUCUUUGCUCGCCCGUCGAGUCUUACUGGGUAUUCCCAAUGAUGGACAAUGCCAAAUGCUUGGAUGAAGGCCCUGUGACUUUGGUUGCUGGCGUGCUCAAUUGCAUCUCGGACUUGACGGUCACUCUACUACCGAUUCCUAUCAUCAUGGGACUUAAUAUGCCUUUCAAGCAAAGACUUGGAGUAGUGAGCUUGCUGUCUAUGGGUCUUGUUGUUACCGUUGCAGGUGUCGUACGCACCUACUACAUCUGGAGAACAUUGAUGGCCACUUAUGACGAGACCUGGGAUUCGAUGCCGCUUUUCAUCUGCGCAAUAGUGGAAAUUGACCUGGCAAUUCUCUGUGGAUGCGCUCCAGCACUGAAGCCUCUUUUUGCUCCCAUGAUCUCUCAUGUCUCUGAGAUGAUCAGCACUGUGACCGGAAGUGGCAGCAACUCAACUCGUGGUACCAGACUCCAGGACACCACAAUCACCCGAUCUACUGUGAUCUCCCAGCACAAUCGCAAGAAGUCCAAUAGAGAGGAAGAAGGCGACAAGAUCCCAAUGCACUUCGUCACCGUUGAUGGCCGUGUAAGCGACGACAGCGAUGAGUCAAGCGACCAUUACCACGCCACCAGCAUGCCUGCUUCACACUCUUCUACCCCGUCAAGAGGGCCACGACGAUCUGGCUCGCGCGCAUCAAGCCAACGUACCAUGUUACCGCACCGUGAAGGCAGCACAACGAGCUGGGACGCCGAAGGAGGCGCCGAGAAUGAAGAUCACGUCCCUGAGAUCCAGGUCUUACCUCGUAGACAUGGAGCAGAGCCCGAUGUGGAAAGAGGCAACUACAACACAGACUGGCGCGUAAGCAAAGGCGUCAAGGCCGGUUGGAUCUGAGAUUCGCUCGUCACAUCGUAAUUACAUCUAAUCACGGGUUGGGAAGAUAGACCUGCUGGAUGGGCUAUCUUUUCUUCUCUCUCACGACUGUCACGAA